AUGGCAUCAAUUACAAGUAAUAAUCAUCCUCAAAUAAUUAUCAACAAUGAUUCCUCUACUGAUAGGACAUCCCCCAAUGAACGACAAUUACGAAGAAUCAAUCAUCCACCAAAUUUAAGAAUAGUUCCACCGUUGAAUUUUUGCCCUGUUGAAAAUCAAUUAUAUCGAUCAGGUCAACCAUCAAUUAUUAAUCAAUCCUUUUUAAAUCAAUUGAAUUUAAAAACGAUAAUUUGGUUAUCAUCAGAAGAACCAACUGAUGAAUUUUUAGAAUAUUGUAAUGAUUCAUCAAUAAAUAUUGAAUAUUUAGGAAUGAUCAAUGAAUUUAAUAGUGAGCCGACAACAACAACAACAACAACAGAUAAGCAACCUGAAGAACAACAACAACAACAACAACAAGCAGAUGUUCAACAACAGUUUGAACAAUCAGAUAAUUUAUUACAAGAUUCAAGUCAUCUUAUAUCAUCAACCAUUGCUAAAAUCAAUAAUAAUAAUCCAUGGGAUUCAUUAAAUGAAAACACCAUUAAACAUGCAUUAGAUUUAAUUGUUGAUAAAACCAAUUACCCCAUUUUAAUUUGUUGUGGUAUGGGGAGACAUCGUACUGGUACCGUAAUUGGUUGUUUAAGAAGAUUACAACAUUGGAAUUUAAAUAGUGUAAGUGAAGAGUAUCGACGAUUUACUGGAAGUAGAGGUGGUAGAAUAUUAGUGGAAUUAUUAAUUGAAAGUUUUAAUAUUGAUUUGGUUAAUAUCAAUUGGGAAUUGGCUCCUGAUUGGUUGAAAUAG